AUGAUAGAAGUCCUUCUAACGGCGAUUCCUUCGCUAUGUUGGAUGCUUUUCAGGUGCUACCAGCUCUUUAAAACACCAACAUCCAAACUCGGAUCGUCCCUCAAUUUGGAUAUUCCACAUACUCCGGUGCCUUGCGUGGACUACUUGAGUGAUAGUUCUGUGGUUCUUCAUUGGGAUAUCGAGACACUGCCGGAUGAAAACAUCUUCUACGUGAUAUUAGUCAAUGGAAAAGAUGCAGGGACGUUAGCCCAACACGCAGUCAAAUUGACGAGUUUGGAUCCUGAUUCCGUGUAUCGUAUACAGAUUGUUGCUAUCAAUGUUAUAAGUAACUUCAGGUCACAGUCGGAUGCUAUAUACAUAAGAACUCUUCCCGACAGAGAUCACAGAGCCGAUGCUGCAUGUUUAUCUCGUGAACAUAUUGUGCUCGACGAUCCAAAAAAGUCAGGACGGGGUUUGAAUUUGGACAUCACAACUGCCGAGGCAGAAACACUUGCCUCCAAGGAAUCCCUCCAAAAUACCUUGUACGCAUUGCAGGUCGAAUUGGGAAGAAUCACCAGAGAACAUGCCGCUUUAUCAACUUCACAGCAAAAGGAAGAGGGAACUGUCCGUGAUGAGAUUCUGCGCUAUAAGCUUGAACUUCAAGAAGGCGCUGAGGCUAGAGCAAAGAAGGAGCUGGACUUGAAACAACUCGAACAGAAAAAAGACCUGCUCACUUUCCAAAAGCUAAAGAUCCUGAAGCAACUUAAAAGCCAUACGUCACAGAAGAAUUUGAGUCUUAACAAAUUGGAAGAACUUAGACUGAAAAUUGCAAAGCUCACCGAGAAGAGACACCAUGUGAAAAACACCGCAAACUCGGAACGUGACAAAACACAAAACAAUGUCCAGUCUUUGAAUGAAGAUAUUGACAAUUUGAAGGCAGAAAUACAAAAGAUUGAAGAGUCUAUAAAGGUGGCUAAUUCAGAGAAAAAGGAGUUGAAUUCAACAAUAUCCCUGCUCAAGCCAUUGAUUGAACAAUUUACGACUUCGAAAUCAUUGAACGAUAGCAGAUCGAGCCAGGACUUGACGAGCCCAAGGAGUGAACCUAUCUUCAAUCUGGAUGGAGGUCUUACCGACUUGGGUAACGAAAUUAUCGAGAAAGUAUAUCUCUUGCUGCCAGAGUGGACUCAAAAUACGAACCUGGAGCUCGAAACCCUUCAUGGCCUAGAAUCCUCAUGGAGAAAUACGUUCCGCUUGUCAUUAAGAAAGUAUUUAUCAGUGUAUCAUGGCGUUGAAAGUCUCAAAGCGGCAGCGGACCCAACAUACGUUCCGAAAAGAAAGUCGGAAUACCAGGCAAGUGUAGAGUUUGGUGGACAGAACUAUGCAUUACCCAAACCUCAAAACCUGCCAGGAGAUUCUGACUCGUCACCGGACUACAAUGACGUGCUGGCAGACAACUGGUAUGACUUGACAAGAUCAGUUGACUACGAAUCGCCAAACAUCAGCACCCAAGUAUCGGUUCUGAACAUGCACCAAAUGAAUGAUGUCUCGACCGGACCUUCUAACUCGUUUUUGGCACAACAGGAGUACCCAGAGUUCCAACCAUAUCAGAAAGAUCCAAUGGAGAACAGAUCUCAGGAAGCAUGGAAUGCAUAUCCACAAAUGCCUUCUAUCAGCUUACCGCUGCAGCAACCAGAUAUGUAUCCAACACCUAUUGCAGAGGCACCUCUAGUCAGUGGACCGCAGGUUUUCGGCCCCGAUUAUUCGGACUUGCAGAGUAUGGUUACAGGCAGACAGAUACUUGCCAAUACACUUUCGCCUACAAGUUUGAAGCAAUCGCUUCUGCACAACUCUCAAAAUUCACAGGCCCGUAUUCCAAGCGAUUAUUCCGAUCACCAUCAAAAUUAUCUCAACACCGAUUCCCGCUCGGCUUUUGCUACCCUGCUGAUGCAACCUACAAUGUUCCCAUAUGGUGAGCAAGUAUCGCUCAGCUCUCCUCCGUCUGAGCAGAGUUUAUUGUAUCCCUCAAAUCAGUCAGCGCAUCUUCAAAGCACAUUAUGGAACAAUAACAGUCAAAGUAGCUUCGUCGACUCAAGAAGACCAUUCAACGGGUUGACAUUGCCUAAAGCCAACCAAUUGAGUCCGACUGUCUCGCAGCAAAGUAACAUUGGAAGCGAGCGUGUAUUCAUGAGCCCUGAAAAUAUCUACGGAGAUACGCGAACAUUCAACGAUGCCCAAUCCAUAAAUGAGCAAGUUCACUACGACCCUCAACUCUACAACGACAACUUAUUGUUCAACAAUGGCGGAUUGCUCAACAAUUUCUCGCUUCCUCAGCAAAAUAGCAUUUGGCUGGACAAUCCCAUGGCGCCAACUUACAGCCACAACAGGACUGUGUCGAGCGGAAGCCAGCUUUGGAGAAACGACGGUCUCCGCGCAGACAAGACGCGAACCAGCGAGUUUUCACCCUUCCAACAAGAUCUCAGUACAGAACAGUUCCAAGAGCGGAACGACAGCAGCUUCGAUAUCCGCCUGAUCUGA